CAGGGAGAAUAGAGAAGAAAAGAGAACAGAAAGGAAUAUCAGAUUUAAAAGCUCCAUGUGAUCAAGGUGAUACACGAACUUAAAGAGAGACUGGAUAGAACUCGGACUUCAGUCUUGACUUUUGUGGCAACGCCAUCCUAACCAUUCCUCACAAACAGGAUUCCCCAGGCUCUGCCUAACACCCGUUGCUGGUUGAAGCCUAUCUAAUGACGGUUAUGCUCCUCUUUUGACUACAGGAAAAAUCCAGAAACACAUCAUGAAUCAGAACUCUGAGGUUCACAUGCCUGAAGAUCUGAAGAAGAAAAGGGGAAAUCUGCUCAACCUAGGGAGACCAACAAGGGUUUUCAGGAAGAGCAGCCAUUCACAAAGGGAGAACAGAGCUUACGGACCAACUGAAACACAUCAAGGAGCUAAAAUUCAAGUUUUUCAGAAACCCAUCCAGAUGGACUGGCCACUGGUCACUCAGCCCUUAAACAAAAGUUUGGUCCAAGGCACCAAAUGGAAGAAAGCAGAUGCAACCCAAGAGAAGCGUAGGAUCCUCCUUCAUGAGUUUUGUAAGAAAUAUGGUAGAGUAAAUGAUUCCAAAUCCAACCUUUUUCAUAUAGUAUCUAGGAUAUAUGUAGAAGACAAACACAAAAUCCUGUACUGUGAAGUACCAAAAGCUGGCUGCUCUAAUUGGAAAAGAAUUCUGAUGGUCCUAAAUGGAUUGGCUUCCUCUGCGUACAAUAUCUCCCAUGAUACUGUGCACUAUGGGAAACAUCUGAAAACACUGGAUAGCUUUGACUUAAAAGGAGUGCACAUGCGUUUGAAUACCUAUACCAAAGCUGUGUUUGUUAGAGAUCCCAUGGAAAGAUUGGUCUCCGCAUUUAGGGAUAAAUUUGAGCAUCCCAAUAGUUACUACCAUCCCGUGUUUGGGAAGGCGAUUAUCAAGAAAUAUCGGCCAAAUGCCUCUGCAGAAGCAUUAAAUAAUGGAUCUGGAGUCAAAUUCAAAGAAUUCGCCCACUAUUUGCUAGAUGCUCAUCGUCCAGUAGGAAUGGACAUUCACUGGGAAAGAGUCAGCAAGCUGUGUCAUCCGUGCUUGAUCAACUAUGACUUUGUAGGGAAGUUUGAGACAUUAGGAGAAGAUGCCAAUUACUUUCUACAGUUGAUUGGUGCUCCAAAAGAGUUGACAUUUCCAAACUUUAAGGAUAGGCACUCCUCUGAUGAAAGAACCAACGCCCACGUGGUAAGGCAGUAUCUAAAGGACCUGAGCCCGGCCGAAAGACAGCUCAUCUACGACUUCUAUCACUUGGACUAUUUGAUGUUUAAUUACACAACUCCACAUUUGUAAUUUGUAUUCAUUUUCUGAAGCCCUACAUAGUUUUAAUGAUGAUGGCCUCAAAUCAGCUCCUGUAAUUAUCCUACAGUUCUCUGUAUGGAGGAAAUUUAGCUAAGUGAAGUUGUCUUGAUUGAAUGAAGACUUUUUUUUUAACCAAAGAGUAUGACAGCAAUUAGCACAAAGUUAUUGAAAAAUCAUCUCAAGGAGACAUGUAAACAACCUGAUGUGCUUUUAAAUGUUGGGAAAGAGCUGUUUUGGCAUUGUAGCUUAUACUGUGGAAGCAAUAACCUAGCCAGAUGUUACAUUAACCAAGAGAGCCUCUUGCAUGUAAAAUAAAAGGUCAAAAUAGUGAGAAUUGUGCAUUCAAAUCCUGGCAACCAUCAUCUGACAUGCAUGAAGCCAUGCUUAGCAGUUUGUGUCAUUUGCAGCAAAUGAUUGGAUGGUUUUCUUAUACCCUGAAUUCUCCUGUCCUGUGAUGAUAAAUCCAUUUUUAAACAUUUGGGCAUAAGCAUUUUACUAUUGAUCUGGAAGCAUUCUAUGACUUACAAUAUGAAAACAGAGCAAACAAACAGAUGAAUCUGUGGCUUUUUAAAAAUUUAACAGUCAGUAAAAAUGUACAACAUACUAAGAUCAAAACAACAAAAGCCACCUUUCUCUUCCAGGAAAAAACUUCAGGGGGAUUGAUUUUUCUUGGUUUUGAGCCCUCCAUGAAGAGACAAAAUGAGCCCAACCAAGCAGGUCCUCAUUUCUAAACAUCAUCAGAUAGAAAUGUGCUCUUGAUUCUGCUUUAAUUGGGAAAGGGGCAAUUGUUUCAGGAUGGAAUAAUCAUCAAAACCAAAAGUUGCCGUUCUGAAUAUAGACCUCUAGCAAUAACAAAGUUUUAUAAGAAUAUUAUUUGAAUCAAAGCACCAUGUGCGUAGCUUUCUAUGUGGAAUACACUCUAAGAAUAGCUUUUGUUUGCAGUCUAAUUAUUCAGCUUGGGAAUGACUUUUUAAGAACUAAUAUACCACUUCAAAGACAGGUUAUGUUCUAGAGAAUCAACAUAACAAGAGCCCCUAGAAAUGUUUUUAAUAGGCUUAUGAAUAAGCAAAUUAAGGUAUUUUCUUCUUAAGUUUAAAUACUCUAUACUAACAAAGUCAAAUACCAUUGCAUUCAAAUAUUAAAUCAAAGUCUUUGGAAAAUAGGACCAUGUGUCACCCUUAUGAAAAGUUGUAAUGUACUUUGGAAAAUUUUUCCAAGGGAUCUUAAAUUUAAAGACACGUUCAGAUGAGAAGUGCCUUUUAAUUAGUUAACUAUUGCCCUGACUUAAGCAAACCACAUGUCAAUCAAAUCCUGUCGAAAUGCCUAUCUCAAAUAUUUCUCUUCCUAAGCUAUCGUAUUUGAUCAGUAAAUAUUCAGCUAUGUCUUGCAAAGAAAGCCAUGUCUUAAUAUUUGAAUAUUAAUAGACCAAGGUUCUUAUAGUCAUACGUGUCUCCUUUUGAUUUUCCAUUUCAUGGCUGAGUAUUCAUGAACUGCUUCACUCUGUGCACACGCCCGCCUUAUCUCCUCCAUAGCUCACAGGAGCGGGCAAACUGCAGUGAGCCAAGUCAUCAAAGUAUUAAACUUUCCACCCCACCCUUUGACUACUUUUCCAUCCCAUUUCCUUAUGCCUCUAGACCAUACUUGUAAGCUGAGUAAUCUAAAUUAUAUAAAUUAAAAUGUUGCUGUACUGGAGAGAGUGGAUUCCUUAUAACUUAGAGACCUUGAAAUUAUCUUUUUCUGGAGAGAGAAAAGAUAAACAUUACAGAGACCUGAAAAGUUUAUUCUUGUACCACACAGAGCUCAUUUUAUUCAGAACCUGCUACAAAGGCUGUUUCUCAAAGGCAUUCCUAAAUGGAAAUAAGAGACAAUUGUAACAGCAAAAUAUAUAUUUUUAAAAGCCCCUCACUUUCACAGCUCAGGAAAAAAUGAAACUGUUCUGCCUCUCGUAUUACCAUUUCUCAUACCCUGAGGGAGGAGACGUUUAUGUACCCUAUUUUAAUAGGCACAAAUCUUAGGCAGAGGAGAGUGAGAGAGAAGGGCAAAGCACAGUAUUCACUGCAGUAGUCAUCCGGGAGCUUUGCUGUGAGACGACCUCGCCUUACCUGUGACUUUAGCUACCCGGCCUCUUCAACCACGGUAUAAAAAUAUUAAGUGGAAACUUUCAGAAAUAAGCAACUCAGAAGUUUUAAAUUGUGCAACAUCCUAAGGUGAAAUUCCUUGCUUCCUUCUAUUUCACCUGAACCAGAAUCAGCCCUGUAACUUAUGUAUCCGUGUGGUUGAUGUGACCUGCCUGGUGGUAGCCAUUGCAUUUCUCAAACUGACUUCCACAGGAUCACAGAGUUUGUGCUUAAGUGCCUUUGUGUAAUAAAUAGUCUAAGGCUACAUCGCAGUGCCUGUAUCAUUGAUCUCAUGUCGUCCCAUCAGGCAAGCAUUCCUGUCUGGAAUUCCUAUUAAGAUAUCAAGUU